AUGGAAACGAUUGAAGUAAGUCGUUGGCGAAGGCGCUUCUUUAUUGUCUAUCAUAAAUUUGCUUUUCUUCAUUUUUCGGAUGGUUUUUCUUCUCAUCCAGUUCGGAGCUAUUCUUCUCCUUUAAGUUUAUCCGAGUCAAAGCUUGCUUUUGACAUAUCUUCCUGUAGUAUUGUGUCGCGUCCCCUUUUAGAUGUCUUGGUUAAUAGUCAUCUUCGGAGUCGAUGGUUUCCUUUGGAGGAUCCUCCUCGAGGCUUGGCGGAUCUUUGCUACUCUUUUGUUCAAGAUUUGGACGUUCCGAUGGGUGGUCCUGACGUUCCUAUCGCCGACGUUAUUCCUGGCGACAUUGUCGUGGAUGGGGCUCCUGUUGAUAUCCCCCUAGCUCCCGCCGAGGUAGCGUUGCCUGAGGUUAUUGUUAUAAAUGAUGAUGAUGGUGAUGACUUGGCUGUUCCAGUCGGCGACGAGGUGAUUCCGUCACUACUCCCCCCUCUAGCAUCAUCUAUCGUUUCGGGGGGAGUUGGGGGUGUGGCCUCAGAGGGGCCUGUUGUUGCUGAUUCGGGGGAGAUUUCUUUAGGUCGAGACCCGAAUUCUCCGUCUAGAAAAAGACGUCGAGUUGUCGAUGAUUCUCCUACGAGGGAGAGUUUUCCUGGAAGCUCUUCUUCUGCUCCAGACUUGGUUCAAUGGGUCGAAGGUCAGGAUCCUGCCAGUUUGCUGAAUCCGAGAGUGCUAGCGGAAUAUAUCCGGACUUUGGCGAUUCCUGAUGAUGUCACGUGGUUCUGUGGUAGGCCGGGUCAGGAGCUUUCCGAUCUGGCUUGUUUUCAUGGUUUCUCUGCCCUUCAAUCUGUUCUGGUAUUGAACGACCGCCGACAGUGUGCCGAGGAGGAGGUCGAGCGUCUGUCUGCUCUUUUGGCGACUUCCGAGUCUGAAAGGGCGAAGUUGAAGGCCUCUUUGGAAGAGCAUGAUUCCCUUCUGGCGCAGCUCAAGGCGCAGGAUGCGAUUAAUGAUCGCCAAGUGAAAGUAAUUGAGAAAAAGACCGAUGACUUGACUCAAGAGAUCGAGGAGCUCAUUCGGAUCAAUUCCCUUGUUGGUGGGGAGAGGGAUAGUCUUAGAACGGAGGUUGAAGGUCUUCACAUCCGUCUGCUAGAUACGAAGGCUUUUUACUCUGCUCUGAUAAGCGAGUAUCGCCUUGCGAUUGGGAAGAAGCUUCUGGAGCAGAAUCCCAAUAUUGAUUUUUCUGGGGUUAACGGGUUGGAUCCCCAGGCCAUCGCCCGUGAUCUCCUCGUCAAGAUUUCUAAAGACCGUGUUUAG